AUGGAUGCUGACGCCAUGGGGACGAUGGAGGUGGCAGCGCUCGGCCGACCUUUCAGUCUUGGGAUGCUGUAUGACUGCCGUAAAGACUCACUCAUCCCUGGCAUGACAUUGUGGGACCUUAAUGAUCUGAAAAAUGAUAUACAAGAAAGACCUCAGCACUACAACAAUUUUGAAAUAGUUGCAUCUGAAUCAAUUGCAGAUAAAUCUUCAGCAUUAAAUGUUCAAGCAUCCCUGAAGGCAAGUUUCUUAGGUGGGCUAGUAGAGGUUGGAGGAUCUGCCAAAUACCUGAAUGAUAGCAAAACAUCCAAAAAUCAGUCCAGAGUAACACUGAACUACCAAGCAACCACAAAGAUGAAGGAACUGUCAAUGAAUCAACUUGGAAGAGGUAAUGUGAAGCAUCCGUAUGUCUUUGAUAAAGGAAUAGCAACACAUGUAGUCACAGCUAUCCUUUAUGGGGCACAAGCCUUCUUUGUGUUUGACCGUGAGGUGUCUGAUGAAGAAAGUCAUCAAGACAUUCAGGGAAACUUGAAGGUGAUGAUCAAGAAAAUCCCCUGUCUCUCAAUAGAGGGGGGAGGUUCCCUCAAAAUGGAUGAUAAGGAUAUUGAAAAGGUGGAGAAAUUCUCCUGUAAAUUUCAUGGAGACUUUUUACUAAAGAAAUCUCCAACAACCUUUCAGGAUGCUGUACAAGUCUACCAAAGCCUGCCACAACUGCUGGGAACCAAUGGAGAAAAUGCUGUACCAAUGAAGGUCUGGCUGAUGCCACUUGUGAGUUUGGAUUCUAAAGCUGCUAAACUUGUCCGUCAGAUAAGUAUAAGAUUAGUGCAGAAAUGCCAGAGUGUCCUGGAGGACUUCACUGAGCUGGAAAUGAGAUGCAAUGAUGCAAUAAGAACCACCACUGCACAGCAGUUCCCACAGAUUGGUGACAAACUUAAAACUCUUGCAGAAUUUUGCUCUGAGUACAAACUGGAAUUCCAACAAAACUUGGCAAAGAUACUUCCAUCAAUCCGGGGAGGAGGGAAAGAGGAGGCUGUGCUGGCAGAGAUCCUGAAGAAGAGACAUUCUUCUCCUUUCAACAACAAAAGCCUGAAAGAGUGGAUGGACUGUAAAGAGAGAGAAAUCUACACUUUACAGUCUUUCACCAACAAGAUGAAAAAUAUCAAAAUUGUCCCAUCUCAAAGUCAUCUGUACAAGGAAACUCUGAAUGUAGAACAUGCUGUGUGUUUUGUUUUCACUUCACUGGGAAGUGCUGAACCGUACCUCUCAGCUUUAUCAAACUACUUAAAAGAAAAACCCAAACCAGACGACCCUCAAGAUCCACGUUGUCAUGACAUAGAGAAGGAACAAUGGUACGCCUCUAAAGAAGUAUCAGAUGCAAUGAGACACAAAGCAAAGCUGUUCAGUGAUUUUGCAGAGGCCAACAAAGAGAAUAAGAACAUAAAGUUCCUGACAGUGGGUUUAACAAAUGAGACACACAAAGGUUCAAGCAUCUACGUUUAUGAAGUCGGCUUUACUGUCAGUGAGAACUUUGAGCCUCCUUCAAAGCCUGAAACAGUGACAGCAGGUGAUGUAACCCACAACAGUGUGACACUGAAGAUCCCUCCACCAAGAUUUGGAGCAGAGAACAUCACCUCCUACUGUGUAGAGUACUGUGUCAGUGGAGAGGAUGGAUGGAAACAAACACCAGCAGCAAAAGCUGAAGAAGUCACAGUGAGCGGUCUGACUCAUAACACAGAGUAUAUGUUCAGAUGCAGAGCAGUGACCUCAGUAGGUGUUGGACCAGCUGGUGAAGUCAGUGGUCACAUUAAAACCUUUCCUUGCAGCCCUCCUGGAAAACCUCAAGUUGAAACAAACUCAGGUGAUGUAACCCACAACAGUGUGACACUGAAGAUCCCUCCACCAAGAUUUGGAGCAGAGAACAUCACCUCCUACUGUGUAGAGUACUGUGUCAGUGGAGAGGAUGGAUGGAAACAAACAGCAGCAGCAAAAGCUGAAGAAGUUACAGUGAGCGGUCUGACUCCUAACACAGAGUAUAUGUUCAGAUGCAGAGCAGUGACCUCAGUAGGUGUUGGACCAGCUGGUGAAGUCAGUGGUCACAUUAAAACUUUACCUUGCAGCCCUCCUGGAAAACCUCAAAUUGAAACAAACUCCAGUGAGAUAUCAGUUAGCUCGGAGAAACCUGCAGAGAUUGGACAAGAUGUCCACAUUUUGAGUUACAUCGUGGAGUACGCCCAAACAGAGAAAGAGGUGAAAGAAGAAGAUCUCCAGUGGAACCAAAUGGUGUCAAGAGCUGAAAAGGGGAUAAUUUCAGGUCUUCAGUCAGACACAGAAUAUACUGUCAGGGUCAGGUGUGACUGUGGUGAAGCUGGUAGAAGCAAAGAAAGCAUCACUGUGAAUGUCUGCACAACAAAAAAGUUAACUGAUAGUGUGAAAAAACAAAGCACACUGCUCCCAAAGACAGGGCCUCUCCCUGUUUAUAAAAUUCCCCUCAAAGAGGAACGAAUCAAUGUUCCUGGGUGCAAGCGUUUCAGUUUUCGGAAAGAAUCCACCAAACCUAAUCGUACCAUCAUGGUUCUCGGAGCAACUGGGGCUGGGAAGUCAACUCUGAUCAAUGGAAUGAUUAAUUACAUUUUAGGUGUCAAAUGGAAGGAUGCAUUUCGGUUUAAGUUAAUUGAUGAGGAUCAGUCAAAAUCACAAGCUCACAGUCAGACUUCUGAAAUCACUGUGUACAAAAUCAACCACCAGGAAGGCUUUAACCUCGAGUACUCUCUGACUAUUGUGGACACUCCAGGCUUUGGAGAUACGAGAGGAAUAACAAGAGACAGAGAGAUCACAGAGCAGCUACGUAAUCUCUUCUCUGCUCAGUCUGGUGUCAGUGAAAUUGAUGCAAUCUGUUUUGUAACUCAAGCUUCGUUAGCACGACUCACAGCAACACAGAAGUAUGUGUUUGAUUCUGUGCUUUCAAUCUUUGGCAAAGAUGUGGCAGAAAACAUCAGAGUUCUGUUGACAUUUGCAGACGGUCAACGUCCACCAGUUCUAGAGGCAAUCAAUGCAUCAGGUGUCCCAUGUCCUAAAACAAAAGACGGGCUGCCAGUUCACUUCAAAUUCAAUAACUCAGCGUUAUUUGCAGACAACAAUUCAUCUCCAGCAAACAGCUCAGAUGAAGAUGAUGGAUUCUUUAAUCAGAUGUUUUGGGACAUGGGGACAGAAAGCAUGAAGAGGUUUUUUGUUGCUGUGAAUGAGAUAGAUACCAAAACCUUGACAAUGACGAUUGAAGUCCUCAGAGAAAGAAAGCAGCUCGAAAAUUCAAUUGAAAACUUGCAGAAGCAGGUUAAAGUUGGGUUAGCCAAGCUUGAGGAGAUAAAAGAGACGACUGAAAUACUGAAAGAGCAUGAGGCAGAGAUCAGCAGGUAUAAGGAUUUUGAGUUUGAAGUCACCGUCACAAAGGCUUUUCAAAAAGACAUUUCUGGUACUGGAAACUACAGCACCAACUGUCAGCAGUGUCACCAAACCUGCCACUAUCCUUGUCCCUAUGGAAAUGAUGCAGAUAAAAGACGCUGUGUUGCAAUGGGAUCAGAUGGAUACUGUACUGUGUGCCCUGGCAAAUGUUGUUGGUCUUUACAUUUUAAUCAGAAGUACAAAUGGGAGUAUAUGGAGUAUAAAGAAAAGCGAACAGUGCAAGAGCUGAAAGAAAAGUACCUAAAAGCCUCAGAGGCUAAGACACCUUUUCAGGCUUUGAUUGAAAAACUUCAGGCUGAAUAUCAUCAUGUGCAGGAGGAGGUGGUGAAAUUGAUGGAGAGGUCUGCAAAGUGUUUAAACAGACUCAGAGAGAUAGCACUGAAGCCAAAUCCUCUCUCCACUCCAGAGUACAUUGACAUGGUUAUUGAGGGAGAGAAAUCUGAGGGAAAACCAGGAUGGAAGCUUCGAGUUGAGGCCCUGAUGGACAUGAGAGGAAAAGCAGAGUUAAUGGCUAAAAUGAAGGUCCGUCAGUGUGAAUGUGGAAGAUCUUCAGACCUCUCAACAUCCUCUGAGCCUGAACGUGGUCUUAGAUGA